CUUCCUGGUUGCAGAUGCAAAUCUAGCCUGUCACUAAACCGGUGACGAACCAAAAUGGAUUAUUACAAUUUACUGACAACAUGUGCAUUUAUUCAUUUGCUUGUUUUCAUGCCAUAUGCAUACAGUAAUUAUCUUGAGAACAAAGCUGGGCAGUUUUUUAGCAGUGGUCAUACCAACAACUGGGCAGUCCUGGUCUGCACAUCUAGAUUCUGGUUUAAUUAUCGGCAUGUGGCAAACACACUGUCAGUAUACAGAAGUGUAAAGAGACUGGGCAUUCCAGACAGUCACAUUGUGCUGAUGCUAGCCGAUGAUAUGGCCUGUAACUAUAGAAACCCCAAACCAGCCACUGUGUUCAGUCAUAAGAACAUGGAGCUUAACGUGUAUGGAGAUGAUGUGGAGGUGGAUUACCGUGGAUAUGAGGUCACAGUGGAGAAUUUCCUGCGAGUCCUGACAGGGCGUCUCCCGCCCAGCACCCCUCGAUCCAAACGUCUGCUUUCCGAUGACCGCAGCAACAUUCUCAUCUACCUGACAGGUCAUGGCGGAAACGGCUUCCUGAAGUUCCAGGACUCUGAGGAGAUCAGCAACAUGGAGCUGGCUGAUGCCUUUGAGCAGAUGUGGCAAAAGAGGAGGUACAACGAGUUGUUGUUCAUCAUAGACACGUGCCAGGGGGCCUCCAUGUAUGAGAGGUUUUACUCGCCCAACCUCAUGGCCCUGGCCAGCAGCCAAGUGGGAGAGGACUCGCUCUCACAUCAGCCAGACUUGGCAAUAGGGGUCCAUUUGAUGGACAAGUACACCUUCUACUUACUGGAGUUCCUGGAGGAAGUCCACCCUGCUAGCCAGGCCAACAUGAACGAUUUGUUUAAGGUGUGCCCACAGAGUCAGUGUGUGUCCACUCCGGGUCACCGUACUGACCUGUUCCAGAGGAAUCCCGGGAGCGUCCUCAUCACUGACUUUUUUGGAAGUGUCCGCAAAGUGGAGAUCACCAAGGACACUAUCAAUCUGACAUCCUCUGUAAAGCCGCCGAUACAGAGAACCCCAAGCAGAAAGACUGGCACCCUCCUGAUGGCUUUAUUCUGGGGCUCUGGACUCUGAUCUUGCUGGUGUUCUUCCAGACCUAUGGCAUCAAACAUCUCAAACACAUCUUCUGACUCCUCCCUCCCAGCACCGCAGAGGUCAAAGAACACACCGCUUUCAUAAAAGAGUCCACCCUAACUUUGUUCAUGAUUGAUUUGGUCAGGAAUAGGUUUUUAUUUAUUAUUUGAUGCAAGUUUGUUUUCUUUGGGUUUUGCUGUGUAUCGUUAUUUUUUAAAGUGACAUGCACUGACUUCUUACGUUCAAACAUUGUUGUUUGGAGCUCAGUAAACCCAUUUGAAUUUCACACAGGGACUUUCUUUUGAACUAAACACACACAUACAGCUUGCAGGGAGAAGCAUACUUCUUGUUUGUUGGUUUGUUUGUUAGUUUUUUAUUUGUUUGUUUCCAUUUAUAGUUUCAUCUCUUCAACAAUUAUUUUUUAACAUUCAUAAAUGCACAUGUGGAAUUGUAACUUGUAACUCCUCCCAGAUUUCUUCAUUUGUUCUUAGUGGGAUGAGAUGUGUUUUUUUAAACAUAUAAUCUAAAUCUGUAAAUGCAAUUGCUGAUCUGUUGUUUCAAUUGCACUUUAUAAUUUGCAUUCUUAUUAUUUAAUGGUUAUUUAAAGUGGUAAAUGAUACUACUUUUCAGGGUAAUGUAUGGGUCAUAUUUUACCAUGAAAUUGAGAAAAUGAGUAAAAACUUUAGCAUAAAGCUUAUUUUAGGAUCAUUGAUUUUUUUCUUCAUUAUCAUAAUGAAAAGAAACAUCUCACUGUAAUACAGUGAUGCUUUUUAUUAAAUCAGCAUACAUCAAAUUUAGUACAACAUGAUGUGUAAUCACUACUGUUCCUAAUUUAAAUAAUAUAACAUUUGUUUUCCAAUUAGCAAUGAGAAUGAAAUUGUUUUUCCACACAUAUUAAGCUGCUGGCAACUGACUGACAAGAAGAGGGUUGAAAAUGUCAUGAAAUUAGUAAAAAAUAUUUCAUUUAUCUUAAAAUAGGAAAAUAUAAUUGAUUUGUUUUUUGGUUGGUUGUUUUUUUUUUAUGACCUAUACAUUUUCAUGAGAUCAUCCAGCAAUAAAUGUAAGGAAUUAAUGGACAACAAACAACAUUUCCAUGUACAGCAACCAAACGGCUCCAUUUGCCUGUGGCAGUGUCCUGUAUCUGUCCAUUAGCAUCUCUGCUGCACUUGAACUGUUACGAAUGUGCUCUAAAAGGGGUCGCCUGAAUUCACCCCCAGCUACACAGCAAGUGGGAAUGAGAGAUUGACAAAUUGGACUGUUUAAUUCAGUUUUUUUUUCUGUCUGUCUAAUGCAUCAUUAACUGUUGGUAACUAAGGAUUGUUUAGGAGAGCAGAGCUCAUAUUAAAAUAUUCACUGGCACUCACAUUAUGUGAGGAAACGCAUUAUGAGAAUUUCUACAGUGCCAUUUUGUCUUUUUCCCGUUUAUGUUCUCUAGGAUUUUGCUGUAUGUUUUUUAUUAUAAAACUGGCUAAAGUUGAUAUUUUGAAUAAAGUCUACA